UAUUUAUUUCCUCAGCCCUCGGAACCAGAUAAACAUGGAGGAGGUAAAUUUUCAACAAGGUAGGAUGCUGAGUUUAUUGUCAGAUGUGCGCACAGGUGCAAUGACAACUUACUGAACUUGCAGCAGCAUCACAGGCGCAUAACAUCAUAUAAGCAGCAUUCACAAGAAAAACAAACAUAAUUUUUAUAAGAAUUAGAAUGAAAAAUAAAUUUGCUGAUGAUACAACUAUUGUUGUCAGAAUAUCAGAUGGUGAUGAGAGGGUGUACAGGAGUGAGAUUUAUCAGCCAGUUGAGUGCGUGAGUGGUGUUGCAGCAACAACCAUGCACUCACCAUCAGUAAGAACAAAGAACUGAUUAUGGACUUCAGAAAGGACAAGACAAGGGAAAACACACCAGUCCUCAUAGAGGGAUCAGAAGUGGAAAGAGUGAGCAAUUUCAAGUUCCUGGGUGUCAAUAUCUAACCUGGACCCAAUACAUCGAUGCAAUUACAAAGGCUAUAUUGACAGAGGCUACAUUUCAUUCGGAGUCUUGGAAGACUUGGUAUGUCACCUAAAGCACUUAAAUGUCUACAGAUGCACUGUGGAGAGCAUUCUAACUGGCUGUGUCACCGUUUGGUGUUGGGGGGUGGGGUGACUGACUAUUGCACAGGAUUGAAAUAAGUUGUAAAAUUAGUCCCCUUCAUCAUAGGCACUAGCCUCCAUAGUAUUCAGGACAUCUUCAAGGAGCGAUGCCUCAAAAAGGUGACAUCCAUCAUUAAGGACUCCCAUCACCUAAGUCAUGCCUUGUUCUCAUUGCUACCAACAGGAAGGAAGUACAGAAGUCUGAAGGCACACACACGAUUCACAAAGAGCUUUUUCCCCUCUGCCAUCCAAUUUCGGAAUGGACAUUGAAUCCAUGAACACUACCUCACUGCUUUUUAAUUUCUACUUUUGCACUACUCAUUUAACUACUUAAUAAAUAUAUAUAUAUUUAUAAAUAUAUAUAUUUAUUACUGUAAUUCAUGUCUUUCUAUCAUUAGGUAUUGCAUUGUACUACUGCAGCAAAGACAACAAAUUUCACGACAUAUGCCAGCGAUAUUAAACCUGAUUCUGAAAACAGUUCAUUUCAGUGCAAAGUGACCAGAGUGGUGAUAAUGUAGUGAUUAAGGUUUUUACGCUGGUUCAAGCAUCGAAUGGUUGAAGGUGAUCGUUGAUCAUGGAUUUAGCUUAAAUACACAAAAAUAUUAAACGACUAUCAUGCAGUCUCAACAGAGGAACACAGCAAUAAGAGCUCUUCCAGCAUUUUGUGUGUGUCACUCUGGAUUUCCAGCAUCUGCAGAAUCUCGUGUGUUUAUAUCAAGCAGUCAUUACAAUAGCCACAGGCUGCAUUCUCACCGAGCACCAGUUUGCUGCUUUCUACGAUUAAAUGUCACUAUUGCCGCUUCACAGUUCCCAGAGAGCAUGCGCCGCACGAACGUCCCGAAUGGGUUCGGAUGUUUCCGUCGCUGACAUCGCCGAGCCGAUGCCGAAUGCACUCGGGUUUUUCCGGCCACGAAUGAGACUACUUUGAGAGCACUGACCGUGGCCGUUCAACCCAAAGCCCGGAAUGGAAGGAAAUCGAGAUGAGGCGGAACGCUGUACGGAAAUUGGUUUGAACGCGUUGAAACGUGGUAACAGGGAGGAGGCACUCAAGUUCUUGCGGAAAGCUCAGAAGUUAUACCCGACGGAUAAAGUUAAAGAGUUGAUAGAAUCUUUGACACAGAAUGGCUAUCCAUCCAGUAACUUCACACCACCAGAGGCUGCAGAUUCAACAGAAUGUCACCAAAGGAAGGGAAGCAAGUUCACUGGCUCCAGCUCUGGAGAGGCAGGAGGAGAAUUGGGUAAAAGCUAUACCACCGAACAGCUUGAGGCUGUGAAAAGAAUUAAAAAAUGCAAAGAUUACUAUGAAAUCCUAGGACUAAAAAAAGAUGCCACAGAGGAUGACUUGAAGAAAGCCUACAGGAAACUAGCUCUAAAGUUUCAUCCCGAUAAGAACCGGGCACCAGGAGCUACAGAGGCAUUCAAAGCCAUUGGAAAUGCAUAUGCAGUGCUCAGCAAUCCAGAGAAGAGGAAACAGUACGACAUGUAUGGCGAUGAACGACAGGCUGCCAGCCGGCACAGUCACGGCACAUCGGACUACCACAGAGGGUUUGAAGCAGACAUCUCACCCGAGGACCUCUUUAACAUGUUCUUUGGUGGUGGAUUCCCCUCUGGUAAUGUUCAUGUAUAUAGUAAUGGGCGAAUGCGUUACACGUACCACAGACCCGAGCGACGAGAACAGCAUGGUGAUGGUGGGUUGGCACUUUUUGUGCAAUUAAUGCCGAUUUUAAUCCUGGUCAUUGUUUCUGUGAUCAGUCAAAUGAUGGUGUCAAGCCCGCCAUACAGUCUGAGCCACAGACCGUCUGUUGGUCACAUUUACAGACGGAAAACAGAAGUAUUGGGAGUGAGUUAUUUUGUGACAGAUAAGUUUGCAGAAGAAUAUACAGGACAGAACUUGAAGCUGGUGGAACGGAACGUAGAAGAGGACUUCAUUGCAAACUUGCGGAAUAACUGCUGGAAGGAGAAACAACAGAAAGAGGGAUUACUGUAUCGUGCCCGGUACUUUGGAGAUGUAGAUCUUUAUCAGAAAGCCCAGAAAAUGAGCACACCGAGCUGUACCAGACUUUCAGAAGUUCAGGCUUCUCUACCCGGAUAGGACAGCCUGCUCCAGGAAUAACCAGAGACCAGCGAUAGACGAUUACUAAAAAAAAAUCUUUGAAAUUUGUCUUAAGACUGGAUUUUGAUUAGCCAGCAUCAGUGCUGAAAAUACUCACAGCCUAUGAGCACCCUCCUUCUGAACUUUUUCAUGAACUGGAUCAAAAGCCCCUGAGGUCUCUUGGGCAGCACCCUGCUGUGUAAGCUACAAUACACUGGAUUCGGUCAGAGACUGAGACAACUGAAAGGAGAGGCAACAUGACGCAUGAACCAAGUUUGUACAUGUGCACUAGUCACUUCUAAUGGAACAAAUAAACAAAUGUGUUAAAUUAAUGAUUUGGGAAUUAUUUAUAGUUGUAUAUACAUUGUACUUUAUGCAGGGGCUGAAAUCAGUUGUAACUUAUUUUGCUCUUCUAUAGAAAUAAAUCUGUACUGUGA